GGGCGAGAGGCGGGGCCACUUCAUUCUUGGACUGGGGCGGGCCGGCGCAGGGUAUAAAGCCUGCCAGCGCGGGAGCACAGCCGGCUUCGGGGUUGUCCUGGGACGUGUCCUACCUCCUAAGACCCACGAUCGGGCGAAGGCGGCGGCUACCUUUUUCGACGAAAGGACUCAGCGUCCAGUGCUCCAGCUGAAGGGUUUAGGGGGACCAUCGACCACGCCGUCACCAUGCCCAACUUCUCUGGCAACUGGAAAAUCAUCCGAUCGGAAAACUUCGAGGAUUUGCUCAAAGUGCUGGGGGUGAACGUGAUGCUGAGGAAGAUUGCUGUGGCUGCAGCAUCCAAGCCAGCAGUGGAGAUCAAACAGGAGGGAGACACCUUCUACAUCAAAACCUCUACCACUGUGCGUACCACUGAGAUCAACUUCAAGAUCGGAGAAGAGUUCGAGGAGCAGACCGUGGACGGGAGACCCUGCAAGAGCCUGGUGAAAUGGGAGAGUGAGAACAAAAUGGUCUGCGAGCAGAGGCUUUUGAAGGGAGAGGGCCCCAAGACUUCCUGGACUAGGGAACUGACCAAUGAUGAAGAGCUGAUCCUGACCAUGACUGCAGACGACGUGGUGUGCACCAGAGUCUACGUUCGAGAGUGAGUGGCCACGGUCCAGGAGCUGCCCUGGCUCACCACCAGUCUGUGCUUCCUCCUGAGCAUGGGCAGCCCUUCCCCUUGUUUUCAUGCCCCCCCCAUUCCUUCCUUUUAGGCUAGUUCUCCCCUAACCCUACUGGCUUCUGGGGGUGCUGGGAUGCCUCAUGCAGGGCUCUUUCUGGUCCUUCUUCCCCUGCUUUCCACCAACAAAGAGGGAUGUGUUGCAAGAGCCCAGAUCAUCCAUUCCAGAGUCACUCGCCCCCCAAACCAACCCAGAGCAAGAUCUCUUUCUGUGAGGGGACCUGAGGGCCCGGGUGGGAAAAACUGGCCCUCUGGCUUCUACCCUUGGUCCCUGUAGCCUCCUGGGGUAGAAUAUUUAUUGGUUAAUUUUAUUAAAAUGUUUUAGAAAACAAAAACUGUCUGUGGCUCGAUGGCAAGGGGAUAGUUGCCUGAGCUCCACUUGGCCUCUGGAGGCAGCGUGGGAGAGGGAACAGUUCCACCUCCUGGAUGUAUGACCAGCAAGGGAGUCCUUCCCCCCGCCUUCUCCCCACUCCUUCAGCUGCUGCAGAGUCUAUAAGCAUCACCUGCACCCCUCCUCCCCCCCAGCCUCCAUGCAACCCACUCUGGCUCUCAAGGCCGCAGGGCUGCCUCCUCUCCGCAGGCCCUCAGCCGAGGUGCCGGCUCCCUCCUUUAUCUCCCACAUUUUCCACAGUGGUGACACAGCUUC